CAGGCUGAUAAAUUGAUGAAUGUGGAUAAGAUGUAAGUUGAUGAUUUGUCGGGAAUUCAACGCUCGACACGCGGAUUUCUCCAAUUAUCAAGAAAUUUCUGGGGUUCCUGGAACGAUAUCGUCUUUGAUAACCAAGAUGCAGUGUCCUGGUUGCGAUAUAAGCUUUCGAGAUGCUGGGAGUCAUCUUGAUACAAAGUUGGGAACAAGAUAAAAAGGGCCUACCUUUCCAGCCAGCACGGGAGAAGGUCUUUUCUCAUCUUCCCGCACAACAUUUCUACGCAUUUCUUCCAAUUCUGCGCCCGACGCGAUGGCAGGCUUCUCGAACCUUGUCAGACGUCUUGAAGUCAAGGGAACUGCCGAUGGGGACCUUGCGAAAGGUCUGAACUCUGAUAUCAGGCCUUUGGAACCACACAGGCGAACUUAUGGACCGUGGCAAUUCAUAACGCUGUGGGUGAUUACUGGAUCCUUCAACAUCGGCGGUUGGACCACAGGGUCGUCUCUUAUCGCUUUAGGCCUCAAUGUCUGGCAAGCCAUGUUGACUGUCAUCAUUGGCAACAUCAUCGUUGGCUUUCUGUGCGUUGCAAGUGGCGCGCCCGGCGCGAAAUGGCACAUCGGGUUCCCCAUCAUCCAACGGUGCUCUUGGGGAACACGCGGCUUUAUCUUCAUCGUCAUCCAACGUAUCUUCCUGGCCUGCAUCUGGUUCUCCACGCAGGUUUACUGGGGUGGCCAAUGCGUGAGGGUCUUUCUGACGGCCCUAUGGCCAAGUUUCGCCAAGGUUGAUACCCCUUUAGCCAACGGCACCAUGACCACGGGCGACUUUGCGUCUUUCAUCAUCUUUACCGUCCUCUACCUUCCACUCGUAUGGAUCAAACCGGAGCAUUACAAGAUACCAUUCUUGAUUUCGUGCUCGGUCGUCAUACCCACAAUCUUUGUCUGUCUGGUCUGGUUCACAGCGACCGCCAAAGGCGCAGGAAGCUUGGUCCACGACGUCAGCGGUCUCACUGGGGUCACGCAAGCCACGGGGAGCCACUUGGGAUGGAUGAUGACGCUGGGCAUAUGCACCAACAUCAGCUCCAUCAGUGUGCACAUCUUCGUGCAGUCCGACUAUACCCGCUACGCAAGGAAGCCCAAGGACCAAAUCGCGGCGCAGCUGUUUAUGGUGCCCAUGGGCACCAUCGUGGUCGCCCUGAUCGGUAUCAUCUGCACAUCCUGCGCGGCGCAAUUGUUCCCCGAGCAGCAAGGCACCCUCCUGUGGGCACCGUAUGACCUCCUCAGCGCGCUCCAGUCCCAUUACCACAACUCCUCCAGGUCUAGGGCCGCUGUGGCUUUCGCAAGUCUAUCGUUCCUGGUGGCACAGUUCGGCAUGGUUGUCGCCAAUAAUGGGGUCUCUGCCGGUAUCGACCUGUCGGCACUGAUGCCCCGUUUCUUCACAAUCCGCCGUGGCAUGUUGCUCAUGUCGGCGCUUGCAUUCAUUGUUCAGCCUUGGCAACUCCUCAACGGAGCAAGCAAGUUCCUCACUGUUCUGGGCGGAUAUGGUGUGUUCCUGGGUCCGAUGACUGGCGUGAUGUUUGCCGAUUACUUCCUUCUCCGAAAACGACAGAUCAAGUUAACAGACCUGUACGAGAACAAUUCACGCAGCAUUUAUUGGUACUGGUUGGGCAUGAACUGGAGGGCGCUGGUCGCUUGGGCCAUGGGCGUCUGGAUCAACGUUCCUGGAUUCGCCGAGUUUGUGCGGUACGGCUCCAACAAGACCUUGUCUGGGUGGUCGAAUCUUUAUGACAUUUCGUAUCCGCUGGGUUUACUGUUGUCUGUGACCACGUACGUUGUCUUGAGCAAGGUAUCGCCCAUCAAGGGUCUGGGUGAGGUUGAUGACGCCGAUUAUUUUGGCACAUUUGGCCCGGCGGAGACAAGAUCAUUCCAUGGCGAGGAGGUUGAGACGGUUCAGGUUGGUGAAGGGAAAGCGGACAAUGAAGUCGAGAAAGAGAUGAGAGCCCCUUAUACCUGAGCGUCCGAUCUGGUGUGAGCAAAUCGUGUGACGGCACGUUUGACGGCACGUUUGACGGCACGUUUGACGGCACGUUUGACGGCACGUUUGACGGCACGUUUGACGACGAAUGAUUCUCCUUCAUGACGAGUCUUCAUCAGGGUGGCAUAGGCUGGGAAUUGGUAGAGUGUAUGCAGAUAUUAUCACGAUACGAUCUCUGUCUUCGUAUAAUUUGGUCAUGUUGACCACAG